AGACUGAAGAGAAGUAGAAAAAGCUUACUCGGAGAAGCAGCUAUGGCGUCGAAGCUAUGCGACUCGUGCAAAUCGGCUACAGCCACACUCUACUGCCGUGCCGACGCCGCGUUCCUCUGCGUCACCUGCGACUCCAACGUCCACGCAGCCAACAAGCUGGCUUCGCUCCACGCGCGAGUUUGGGUCUGCGAAGUCUGCGAGCAAGCCCCGGCUCACGUCACGUGCAAGGCCGACGCCGCCGCCCUCUGCGUCACGUGCGAUCGAGAUAUUCACUCUGCUAACCCUCUCGCCCGCCGCCACGAGCGCGUCCCGAUAACGCCGCUAUACGAAUCCGUUAACUCGGCGAAAUCUAACGGUGCCGCCGUUAACUUCCUUAACGACCGUUACUUCCCCGAAGACGCCGAACCCGACGCUGCCGAGGUCAGUACGGAGGAGGCUGAGGCCGCUUCUUGGCUUCUUCCUAACCCUAAAGCCAUGGAAAGCCCGGAUCUGAACUCGGGUCAGUACGUCUUUCCUGAUAUGGUUCCGUAUCUGGAUCUGGAUUACGGCCACCUGGAUCCGAAGCUAGAAGCUCAAGAACAGAACAGUUCCGGUACUGAUGGAGUUGUUCCGGUACACAGUAAGAGCUCUCAGUCCCAGCCUCCCAUGGCGAACGAACAGUGUUACGAAAUGGAUUUCUCCGGAUCUAAACACUUCGUCUACGGCUACAACGCUCAACAUCUAAGCCACAGUGUAUCGUCGUCGUCCCUAGACGUGGGUGUAGUCCCGGACGGGAACACCAUGGCCGACGGUUACCCCAACAAGGCGAUGAGCUCAAAUGGGUCGGACUCAGCCCGGCAGCCGGCCCAGUUCUCGUCGGCGGACCGAGAAGCGAGAGUGUUGAGGUACAGAGAGAAGAGAAAGAAUCGGAAGUUUGAGAAGACGAUUCGAUACGCUUCUCGAAAAGCCUACGCCGAAACCAGACCCAGAAUCAAAGGAAGGUUCGCUAAGCGUACGGAAGUAGAACUCGAAGCCGACCGUAUCUCGGGAUACGGCGUCGUUCCGAUGUUUUAGGUUUUAUUUUUGAUGUUUUUUUUUUUUGUAAAUAUUGUUUUUUUUUUUGUUUAUGUAAUAUGUAGUAAUGAAUUUUGCUUUCACGAUGAGCAAUUUUAAGCUAUGAAUCUUUACAAGCUUUUUUGUUUUUUUUUUUGAUGUAUUUUUGUUUUUGUAUUUUCAGAAAUAAAAUCUGAUUAGUUGUAUCUAA